CCAUAUCACUAUUAUUAGAGAAUUUACAGGGGUGAGAAGAUCCGGGAAACCUUAAGUUUCUUUGGGCGUUAGUUAUAAUACUCCUAUAUUUAUAAACUAUACAGCCCAUAUCCCAACAUGGUGGUGGUCACAGCGGCGUCAGGCGGCACACACAAAGUGCUCCUGAUAUCUGGGAAACAGAGCGGUUCAUCCGGCGCAACACAGGGAAGCUUUAGCCGGUCAAUCUCGGUCGUUAUGCCGUCGUCUGCAAACCAAGCGUCGUCGGAUUCCGACUCCACUUCCUCCACGGGGCCUCCGUUGCGCAAAAGACAGCGACUCACACAUUUGAGCCCAGAAGAGAAACAGCUUCGCAGGAAACUGAAGAACAGAGUGGCUGCCCAGACCGCCAGAGACAGAAAAAAAGCCAAAAUGGGAGAAUUGGAACAGCAAGUUCUGGACUUGGAGAUAGAAAAUGAGAAGCUUCACAUCGAGAACGAGCUGUUACGGGAGAAGACGUGCGACCUCAUGAGCGAGAAUGAGGAGCUGAGACAAAGGCUAGGGCUGGACACCCUGGAGGUCAGAGACAAGGUCCAGGUCCAGGUGCUGGAGUCCAAUGGGAUGGAUGCAGGUUUGGAGACGGGGUCUUCUGAGUCCGCAGUACUCAGGCUACGUGUGCCUCCGCAGCAGGUGCAGGCCCACCUCUCCUACCUGAAGACGUCCCAAUGGAUCCAGCUGGUCCUGACGCUGCAGACUCUGAGUCUGAUCUCCUGUUGGGCAUUCUGGACAUCCUUGACCCAGAAUACUUCCUCCAGGGUGGUGGGGAGGAGCUCCAGGAGGAGCAGGCACUGCUGCUGGGAGGAGGGGGGGCUCCAAUACCGGCCCCCGCACUUGCGCCUCUGGGGCCCGCACCAGUUAAGCUGGAGGCCCUUAAUGAACUGAUCCACUUUGACCACAUCUACACCAAGCCCGUGGAGGGCGUGUGCGAGGAGAGCGUCACCGAGGUCAAGAUGGAGGAGGAGGUGCUGGUGGAGGAGGAGGUGGUAGUGGUGGAGGUGGUAGA